AUGUCGGGUCGUUACUCGCUCAGGCAAACUCCUCGAAAGAAGGAGCUCUUCGAAGGGAUGAUUGAGACACCGCGACGAGCGACACGUCGUUCGACGUCCGCGCCAGUCGAGGACAGCGACUCCGGCUCCGCAGCUGAGACGACUGCCAAACCCGCACGGCCAACUCGACGGAGAACGGCCAGGUUUGUUGAGAAUAUUAGCGAAGAGGAAAAAGAAGAGCCCCCCAAGACACCGGUCAAGACCACAAAGGCCACCACCAAACCCACCACGCCUGUCGCGGAGCCGGCUGAAAAGCCAGCUUCCAACGGGCAUGCUCAGCCUGAGAAGCUCUCUGGUACAGCGGCUGUUGAUGGCUGGAUUCCCGGCCGAGACCCCAAGAUAGACUACUCUGGCGAAUUCGAGUUCGGCGGCAGUUUUGGCACCUUGGGCUUGAUGAUUGGUUUCCCUCUCCUCAUGUGGUACAUGUGGAUUGGCGCGACCUACUACGAUGGUGGACUGCCAAAGCCCGAGCCUGGCCAGAGCUGGUCGGAGUUCGGACAACACCUCGUCGAUCUUGUGUAUACCGGCGCUUUCCCGACCCUCAGGGCCUGGAAGAUCUACUGGUCCUUCUUCAUCUUUGAGGGCGCCUGUUACUGUCUCUUGCCCGGUGUCUGGGCUUAUGGCAAGCCGCUCCCCCACGCUGGAGGAAAGCAGCUCAAGUACUACUGCAGCGCCUACACCAGUCUCUACUUUAGCAUGCUGGUCGCUGGAAUCCUCCAUUACACUGGCGUUUUCCCUCUGUACACCAUCAUUGACGAGUUUGGCCCUCUGCUCUCCGUUGCCAUUUGCAGUGGUUUCAUCGUCAGCUUCAUCGCAUACUUCUCGGCGCUCGCUCGCGGAGCUCAGCACAGGAUGACUGGCUACCCCAUCUAUGACUUCUUCAUGGGUGCGGAGCUGAAUCCCCGCAUGUUCGGCAUCCUCGAUUUUAAGAUGUUCUUCGAAGUCAGACUUCCCUGGUACAUCCUAUUUUUCUUGAGCUGCGGUGCCGCUGCCCGUCAGUAUGAGAGGUACGGCUAUGUCUCUGGAGAGGUUAUGUUCCUCGUCAUGGCCCACUACCUCUACGCCAACGCCUGCUCCAAGGGCGAGGAGCUUAUCGUCACCACUUGGGACAUGUACUACGAGAAGUGGGGAUUCAUGCUCAUCUUCUGGAAUCUGGCCGGUGUCCCUCUUUCGUACUGCCACUGCACCAUCUACCUUGCCAACCACGACCCUUCGGAGUACCGAUGGAACCGAGUCGCCCUUGCCGCGCUUUUCGUCUCUUACCUCUUCUUUUACUGGAUCUGGGACAGCUGCAACAGCCAGAAGAACAGGUUCCGGGCCAUGGAGCGCGGCAAGGUUGUCUGGCGCAGGACCUUCCCCCAGGUUCCCUGGCAGACUAUCCACAACCCCAAGACUCUCACGACUCCUUCUGGCGAUACCAUUCUCGUUGACGGAUGGUACGGGUAUGCUCGCAAGAUCCACUACACCUGCGACGUUUUCUUCGCCGUCAGUUGGGGUCUGAUUACCGGGUUCAAGAGCCCUUUCCCCUGGUUCUAUCCCGUCUUCUUCUGCACUAUGAUCGCUCACCGUGCCGCUCGUGACAUUCGAAGGUGUCGAACCAAGUAUGGUGAGACCUGGCUCCAGUACGAGAAGCAGGUCCCUUACCUCUUCAUUCCUUACGUCAUCUAA